AUGGCGCAGUCGAGACGUCGCCUUUUAGGAGGAGUGAAGCUCCUGCGCCCUGCGGGGAGUAACAACCUGCCAGGGCCUGGCGGGAGCUUCCCGCCCGGAGAAGGGAUGGAGUCUCGAAAUAAGGGAAAAUGCUUUAAACUCUUCACCUUUUCCGGGCUGUCACAGUUUCUGCUGUUUUCUGUAUUACUUUAUAGCCCAGACAACGUGGCUGGAGCAGACGGAGACAUCGACCCCACUGAAAUCACCUUUCCAGGAUGUUCUUGUGUCACCAGCUCCUGUGUGGUUCACGUGUGCUCGUGUCUUUCCCGUGGUGAAAAUUACAACGGCUUGCACCUCCGGGCUCCAGACGAAGAGGAGGAGUACGCCCGGCCCGUGUUUGAGUGCAAUGCCAUGUGCCAAUGUGGCGACUCCUGCGGAAACAGGCUUGUUCAGAGGGGUUUGCAGUUCAGACUCGAGGUUUUCAAGACUGAGAAGAAAGGGUGGGGCCUUCGCGCUCUGGAUUUCAUAGCUAAAGGAAGAUUUGUUUGUGAAUACGCUGGUGAAGUUUUAGGCUUUAAUGAAGCACGUAGGCGAAUCCAGGCCCAGACAUCAGAGGAUUCAAACUAUAUUAUAGCGGUGAGGGAGCACCUCCAUAAUGGGCAGGUAAUGGAGACGUUUGUUGACCCUACGUACAUCGGUAACGUAGGCAGAUUCCUGAAUCAUUCCUGUGAACCAAAUUUGUUUAUGGUGCCAGUUCGAGUUGACUCAAUGGUGCCUAAACUGGCGCUUUUUGCAGCCACUGAUAUUUCUGCUGGAGAGGAACUUUCCUACGAUUAUUCUGGAAGAUUCCGUAAUUUACCAAGAACUAUCAGAGAACAAAAGUCUUUAGGAGAAGAUAAUAGACUGAGAAAACCUUGCUACUGCGGUUCCCGCGCCUGUGCCUCCUUCUUACCUUGGGACAGCUCCCUCUUUUCCACUGCAGACACUUGUUCAGGGAGCUCUCUGUAG